AUAAGAACGUGUUACACAUGAAUAUUAAAGAACAGCAUUAUCAGAACGCUUGCAAAACGCCCCCUAGAAAUGUGUAAUAAUUUUCGUAGAUAACAUGACGCUAUAAAGUUAAUGAAGCGGCGUCAAGCCCCAUCCAUGAUUUUCCAUGUGAACGCAAGCGAAUAGCAAGCUGUCAACAAAAAUAGAUUAUCAACAGCGGCAGCAGCAGAACUCGAAUUCGAAGUGGAAUUCCAACAAACAAUUUUUAUAAAAUAAAAGAGAUAAUUAACAUUGGCAAAAUGAGCAAACUAAGCUGAGCCGGUAGCAAGUGAGAGAUCCAUACCCUUUGUGGAAUAUACCUAGAGAAAGAGAGAGUGGUAGAUUGAGAGAGAGAGAGAGAGAAAAGAAGAGCCUGAGAGAACAUAGAACCUUAUUCAGAAUGCGAAGGCCAAAAAUAUCGCUGAAAAAGUAUUUCUAUUUUACGUUAAUUUGUGCGCUGUUGUUGAUCUUUGGUUUCAAUCUCAAAGAAUAUGAGAUAUGGAAGACGAAAAUAACGCGACCUAUCUUGACACCUUCCCAACAACAACAACAGCAACAGCAACAACAACAACAGCAGCUACAACAGCGGCAACAUGACUUUGCCAGAGAUACAAAUGAGCUAAAAAGUUGGGAACUGGAUGAAACCACGGCGGCAUAUGAAUCAGCGCCACCUGCUUCACCUGUCGCUGCAGCGGACCAGGAGCCGCAGCUGGAGGUGGAGGAGGAGUCAGCGGCGGAAAAGCGCUUGGAACCGGCAGCCACAGCCAAACCGUGGUUCUUCCGGAAUGGAGAGUAUUAUCCAAAGCCGGCGAAGACGUUUAGCAAUCGCAAGGCACGGAAAUUACAUGCCCCCCGACUGUUUCCACACCAGGAUCCGCACAGUGAUCGUGUGGUAAAUCAGCUGAUGUAUGUGCCACAUAAUUACGAACAGAUCAAGGCAAGUGGGAAACUGAAAACCAUCCUGCUCUACAAUGGACUGGGUCCUUGGAAUGUGAAAAAGGGGCGGGAGGUCUUUCUGCGCUCCAAGUGCCCUGUGGACACCUGUGAACUGACUGCCAAUCGGGAUCUGGCCAGCGUGGCCGAUAUGAUACUCUACAAGGAUAACUACAUACCCACAGGCAUACGCCGGCCCAGCAAUCAUAAGCAAGUCACAAUGAUGUACUACUUGGAAUGUCCAUAUCACACGCAAAAUGUCAAAGUUCCGGAUGCCAUCAACUGGACGGCCACCUACAGACGAGACAGCACUGUUAUGGCUCCCUAUGAGAAAUGGCAAUAUUACGAUACGAAGGUGCAGCAAUUGGAACAGGAUCAUAACUAUGCCCUCAAUAAGACCAAGAAGGUCGCCUGGUUUGUCUCCAACUGUGGUGCACGCAAUGGUCGACUGCAGUACGCCCAUGAGCUACAGAAACAUAUUGAGGUGGACAUUUAUGGUGCCUGUGGCAAUUACAAGUGUCCUCGGAGCACCGCGGAUAAGUGUUUCGAUAUACUCGAUAAUGACUACAAGUUCUAUUUGGCAUUCGAGAAUUCCAAUUGCAAGGAUUACAUAACAGAGAAGUUCUUUGUGAAUGCUCUCAAUCGCAAGGUAUUACCGAUAGUAAUGGGUGCUCGGCCCGAGGACUACGAGGUGAGUGCACCACGCCGAUCCUACAUACACAUCGAUGAGUUCGCCUCACCCAAAGAGUUGGCCGAGUAUCUGCACAUACUCGACAAGGACGACGAGCUGUAUAACUCGUACUUCAAGUGGAAGGGCACCGGUGAGUUCAUCAACACGUACUACUGGUGCCGGGUAUGCUCGACUCUCCACAACGAGGAGCAGCUGCGUAAGCCCACCUGGUACACCGAUGUCAAUGAUUGGUGGCGAGGCGUGGGAGUUUGCACGUCGGGAUCAUGGCGUAACUUGAGAGCCCGCAAGGAUGUGAUCAGCGAUGAUUGAGAUGGGGCUGUUGUCCAGAUAGUGGACGGCGCUGGCGUCAUAACAUAAUCAAAAAUCAAUAUAUGUGGCUAUAAUGUUGUUGUUUUUUGUAGGUAUGUUUGUACUAUGUGUAAAAAUUCGCUUCGUUUUACCGAAGAUUCGGUCAAAUCCGAAGUUAACUUAAAUGUUUUGUAGCUAGAACUAAGAGCAACCCGUCGCUUCAAAUUAAGUGUGUUAUAUAUCAAACGAAUAUAUAGCAUGGCCAAAGUCAAUAAUCAAACAAGCAUGGAGCAAUUACCUCGGCGUAAAUCGGGGAAUAUUCAAAUAUGUAUGUAUGCUCCUUCCAUGGAUCGAAAGAUCCAUUUCUGGAAAGCCCACAUCACAAAGAAGCGCAAAGAAACUAGCCUAUAGACUAAAGAUCCAUUGCAGAUCAUUGUAACAUAUACAAUACCAAAUAUAUAAGUAAUUCUAGACUAGUUAUACAAAAUAAAUUAUAUACUUAUUUAGUUGUUUAAUAAAAAGCAAGUCCAAUUUAGCGCUUAGGCAGACUAUGAAGGAACACGCACACAAAGAUACAGACACAGUGACACACAAAAGUAAAUGUUCAGUAGCAUUAUUACAUAGCUUAUAUAGUCAAGCUAUGUAUAUACUUAUACCUAUAUACGAGUAUAUUAUAAAUCGUUUUGUAAGCAUUUUUGUAAGCAACCAAUUUAAGUAAUAACUAAAUUUCUUUUUCGGCAAGCUUAAAU